UGAGUAUUUUUCACAACCCUCUUGGAACAUUAUAUGAAUCUCCUCGAGUUGCUUUUGUUGUUCUUCUUUCAGCUGAGUCAAAUAGUGGAGAAAUGUCCAAGAAAAAGCAAAUGAAUCAUAGAAAGGGGGGAUCAGUGACAGAGACGACGGCAGAUGAUGUGGAUUUCAAGGGACGGAAAAUGGACAUCAAGUCCAUCAUGAAAGAUAUUGAGUUCUUGGGCUCCUCGCAUAUGACAUGGAAAGAUAGGAAGGAUUUGGAAAACAGGAAGGUUGUUGCUCUGGGCGGAAAGCCUCCAAAGAACCAGAGAUUACCCCUAAGCGUAGCACGAGUAACAAUGAAGAAACAAAAAGAAAGGGACCAGAAAUUACAAGAAGAGAGAAUGGUACUAGGACGAUUCGGAGGGAUGCUUGGCAAUGGUUCUAAAAGAGCAACGGAGAAGCGUAGGCCUGAGAACAAGGUGCUGAAGUCAACAGAAGGGUAUUUCAGAAACGGUGUUCUGAAUGUGAAAAAUUUACUGAAACCGGGUGCAACUAGAGAACUUGAUCGCAGCAUCAACACUUUAAGUGCAGGGUUUGACAACCCAGGAAAGAAAAAGGGCGGCUUCGGAAAGAAGGGAAAGAAAAAGGGUGGUGGUAAAAAGCGCCGUUGAAAGAAAACCCAAAUGGUGAAAUUACUAUUGUAUUCGGAUUCAGAUCCUCUGUCAACUUAUUCGCUCUCAACAUCUUCCGGAUCUUUCAACCCGAAGAAGACACCUCGCAAAUGAGAUGAGUGGCUGAGCUGUUGCCAACACCACAUGAUCCAGUUCAAUUCAAUAGGACGAUGUCGUUACCCCGAUUGUUGAACCUGCUGCGAACGCUUCUCCGUUAGUGGACUACGGACGUCAAGACAAACGAUACCAUUUUGAUUCUUGAACCUCUUAUGUUUGUUCUCAAUCCAGUCCCAAAAUCAAACCCCAAACGGCGUUGCUGGGUUAUCCACCUCCUUCGCACUCUAUUCCCUAGCUUGCAAUUCAAGUUUCACUCGGAAUAGAAAUUAUUUUCGAAAGGAUCUUAGAUCUGUAUCGGAGACGAGUUUCUAUAUUGGGUAAAAACAAGAAAGGUUUAGCCGCCUAGUGCAUUUUGUAAACGACAUACGGUUGAGAAAAAAACAGUAAAACGAAUUCAAGGUACUGUGUAUCACAAUGAGGUUUAAUAUUUCCAUCCCAAGUUGCAGAGUAAA